AUGGGCAGCUCUCCUUUGCUGUUGUUUCUGCUCAGUCUGGAUCUCUGCUGCUCUAGGAUCCAGGGCCAAACAAACAGGAUGACAGCCAAGUUUCGGGACAGCAAGAUCACGCAUCCCCAGCUGCGGCAGCGGCUGGAGCUGGAGUGCCUGUUUUCCAUCAGGGACAGCGGGGUGUCCUGGAUCCGCCAGGACAAGGACGGCACCCUUCACUUCAUUGUGUUCAUUAGCUCCCUGUCACAAACGACCUUUCAGAGGAACGAACGAACAUCUGCACGCUUUGAGGCAAGGAAAGGCAGCACAUCUUCCCAACUGGUUGUGAAGUCUUUCUCUCAGCAAGACCAGGGGAAUUAUUUCUGCCUCAUCAACAGCAACCAAAUGCUGUAUUUCAGCACUGGCCAACCUGCCUUCCUCCCAGUCACAACCACAGCUGCACCCACCACCGAGAGCAGCACCGCCGCGACAGCGACCUGCCCAAAGCACCUCUCCUCUCCUCUCUCCUUUACUCCUGCAGGGAGAAGCAACAAAACAUGGCUGAAUUUCUCCUGUGACAUUUUCAUCUGGGUUCCCUUGGCUUCCAGCUGUCUUCUCCUCCUCAUCGCCCUGGUGAUCACCAUCAUGCUGUGUCAAAAAGCCAGGAGACGAAGAUGCAGAUGCAAAAGACCUGCAAACGAGAAGCCCAAAGGGAAGCCCAUCAUGCCAAACCAACGUAUGUAAGCAGCUCCACCUUUUUGCUUCUGGAUUGUCUUCAGAGAGCUGCUACCGUCCAAGCCCAUCACCUACAUUAUCCGUAUAGCUAAUAUUUCUCACGCGCUCUAUCCUGCCGUGUUCGAAAAGAUGAGAGUUCAGACGGAGCAGAGCCACCGCGAGCUAGAGCCGCCUCCUCUGCGAACAGCACGCUAAAACACAGCUCCUUCCAAAAUUUACUCGGGUUUCUCAGAUCGGUUCCCAAGACCAAAUGCCACCUUUAGUCCCAAUGACAGUGGCCCACAGUGCAGGCAAAAGAACAGGCUGACGCCGCUUUGUAUCAGCACUAAAGAGAAAUAUGGGCAGUGGCCGGACCUUUGCUCAAGGACGUGCCAUGAUUCUUUCUAAAAUGCAACAAAAAAUUUGAAUCUGCCACAAGAAUGAUUUAGAAAUAGAAGUCCUCCCUUAACCCACUCUCUUUUCA